UAAGAGAAUUUAAUUUUAAACUUUUCUUACGAAUCAAAUAUUAUUACGUCAAAGAUCUGGAAGGUGCAUCUUCUAUAUUUGUCUUGCAAGUAGGACUAAUUAAUCCUAAUCAUUAAUCUCUGUUAUAAAACAUCGUAACGAGUUGGGGAUUUUCAUCCAUAACCUCUUACUUGGCUAUUCCAAUGCUAUUUUAAUUCAACCUUGUCUAAAUUUGGAGACCCUAACUGCAUACCCUAUUAUAAGAACAUUAAUUAUCCCUCCAUUUUUGCAUACCGAUGAGAAAAAUCCCAAAUAGUAAAUACAAGAAAAAAAAAAAAUGUUUAGGAACUCCAUGAUUCCUCUCGUCCUUGUUUGCUUCUUCUUCUUUUGGAAGGUUGAGUCUCAAGCUAAGAUUGCACCAGCUUUAUACACAUUUGGAGACUCAACUGUUGUUUCUUGGAACGAUGUUGUCCUAAACACACCUGGAAAAGCAAAUUAUCCACCUUAUGGCAUAGAUUUUCCUACUCGUCCCAAUGCCAGGGUCACGAAUGGUGCUACCAUCAGUGACUUCUUUGCUCAAUGGCUUGGAAUACAAAGCCCCCCUUCAUUCUUGAGUAUCAGUCCUAAAACAAGCAAGUUCUCCGAGGGUUUUAACUAUGCAUCAGGCUCGGCCGGAAUCCGUUCCGAGACUGGCACUGCUGAUCCUGGAGUUGUAAACUUGAGCAUGGAGAAACAAAUAGAGUUGUUCAGAAAGACAGUUCAAGAAUAUUUGCCAAGGCUUUUUACCAAGGAAGCCGAGCUCCGAAACCACCUGUCAAAGUCUAUUUUUCUGGUUGUUGUAGGCAGCAAUGAUUAUUCUCUCAAUUAUCUUUCCAGUCAAUACAAUACGAGUCGCAUUUUCAAUAUGGUACAAUUCGCUGAUUCCCUUGUGUACUAUCUCCAAACACAAUUACAGGAUUUGUUCUCGUUAGGAGCAAGAAAGUUUGUAGUGUUUGAGAUAGAGCCAGUAGGUUGUAAACCGGCUUUCCUCCAAACAGUAAAUUCCAAGGCACAAUGCGCAGAGAAAGUGAAUUCCUACAUAGCUUCUUACAAUCACAAGCUUGGAGUUAUGGUUCAAAGCAUGCGACUUAGAAACACAACAUUCGUUCUGGCCAAGAGGUACCAAUUCAUGAACGAUUUGAUGGCAAAUCCAACUCGUUAUGGUCUAAAAGAUUCAGUAAACCCUUGCUGUGCCGUUUUAAAAUCAGGAAUGUGCAUUCCAAAUAAAGCCCCCUGCCAAGACAGGAAGUCACAUGUCUUUUUUGAUGCAAAUCACCCAACUGAAGUGGUAUACAAGACAAUUGCUGAACAAUGUUUUAAGGGUACUGAUCAAUGUGUUCCAAUUAACAUCCAAGAACUUGCAAAGAAAUGAAGAAGAUUUUAGAGGACAUAAGGGAACCCUUUUCUAAUCAUUUUCUAAAAUGUAAUUAUGAACAUGUGAUAUUGUCAUGAUAUUAAAAGUUGGUACUUAAUAUAAGCAGUUUUAACGGCUGGCAUUUUGUAAUUGAA